UCGGGUUCUCUACUCGCCUUCUACAGUAAUUAACAGCACUCAACACAGCUCGGAUCUUGGACGAGUCCUCUGUACUCUAUUCGCCACAUAUAUAUAAGCCGUUCAUUCAGUUUCAACCCCGUCUUCCUCUCUCUAGAUCAUCGUAAUGUCGCCUUCACCGCGUUUUGUCAAGGCUAAGACUGUAGCAAUUGUGGGGUGUCCCUUCAGGGGCGGUCAGCCUAAACUUGGCGUCGACAAAGGUCCAAUCCAUCUCGUCGAAGCAGGACUCGUCGACCAGCUCAAAGAACUCGGUUGGAACGUCAAAUUCGAUGGACACCACCAAUUCGAAGAAAUUUCGGCCGCGGAUGACCCACCGAUUGGGAAACUAAAGAAUCCGAGAUUAGUUUCGAAAGUUUGUGAAUCUGUAGCGAAAGUUGUUGGAGGACAUGCUGAGAAUGGGGAGCUUCCUCUUACUUUGGGCGGCGACCAUUCAUUGGCAAUGGGAACAAUCUCGGGCACCCUCAAGGCUCAUCCAGACGCAUGUGUCGUUUGGAUAGAUGCACAUGCUGAUAUCAACACCGCUGAGACGACAGAUUCCGGAAACAUUCAUGGCAUGCCCGUAUCCUUCCUCAUCGGAAUUGGCGAGAAGGUCUCCGAAUUCGCAUGGGUCAAACCAGCUUUGAAAACCAACCGAAUUGUGUACAUUGGUCUUCGUGACAUCGAUGCCGGUGAGAAGCGUAUACUGCGAGAGAACAAUAUCAAAGCGUUCAGUAUGCACCACGUUGAUAAAUAUGGGAUCGGGAAGGUUGUCGAGAUGGCGCUGGAUCAUGUGAAUCCCAACAGGGAUUUACCCAUUCAUUUGAGUUUCGAUGUGGAUGCGUUGGACCCUAGUGUUGCUCCUUCGACUGGAACACCGGUUCGUGGUGGACUCAGCUUUAGAGAGGGUCACUAUAUAUGCGAGGCUAUCUGGGAGACCGGUUUGCUCGCCGCUUUAGACAUAAUGGAGGUCAACCCCUCAUUAGCUGAUGGUGAGGGGGUCGCGCAGACUGUAGCCGUAGGCUGCUCCCUGGCCCGCUCAGCCUUAGGUGAAACCUUGUUGUAAAUGUUAGAAUCAAAUGUACGGUUGCUCAAGAGAUCGCAACCCUAUUUUAUAUCGACUAAUAGGCCUAGCUAUGUGUUGAGCAUUGUCAAGAAUACAGUGGUGUCUACUUG